AGAUGUUCACCCUGGCGCGCGAGGGCAACACGGAUCUCCUGGCCUACAUCGAUGCCGGUCUUCCCAGCAACCUGACCAACAAUCGAGGGGACACGUUGCUCAUGCUAGCCUCUUAUCAUGGUCAUCCAUCCCUCGUCGAGCAACUUUUGCAAAGGAGCGCGGAUCCUAAUCAGCUCAACGGAAAGGGCCAGAGCUGCGUAGCGGGUGCCGUCUUCAAAGGUCACGAUCAGGUCAUCAAGAUCCUUGUGGAAGGUGGAGCCGAUCCCCUCGCUGGUGCGCCCACUGCCGAUGAUACUGCCAAAAUGUUUCACAAGUGGGAAGGCGAAGAGGGAUAUCAAACACUGUUCGAGGGAGCUAGCGGUAGGGGCAAGGGCGCGCGGGAGGCAGCGCCCCCAGUCGAGGAUCGUGAAGAGGCUCAAAGGAUACCGGGCAGCGGUGUAGCAGCGUAAUUAACGCACGUCACCUGUUAUUCGUCUCUUUUGACGCUCAAUGUUUCGGAUCCGUAAAGACGCAAUCAUCGGGCCUCUCGACGUUUGGGGCCAAGCAUGGCUGUGACCGCAUCUAUUUGCACUGCCGACACAGCACUAUACUGUCAUCUCCCCUCCGGCGCAGAUUCCACGUUCUCGGCGUAGGGAGGCGCGGACACGAUCUCUCCAGGACUUCCGGCUUUCCAUUGUUGCAUCCACAAUUGCAGAUCCGCUUUCAGCUCUUUCAUCUUGAGGGGCUUCGUGUACC